CACACAAAAGCAGAAUCUAACUAGCACACUAGAACAGUGCAUUCUCAACCAGGAAGCAAGCAAGAGAAAGUGAAGGCUGGCUUUACCUAUUCUCAGAAAACCUAGGCAACAGAGCACUUAAGACAAGAUGUUCUCAUGUAGAUAACAAAGAGGCCUCAUCACUGCAGAGGAGAACCUACAAGAGUCAAACAAUGAGAACUUGGUCCAAAUGACCUACAGGAAGAAAAAUCAGCAACUACAAAUCAUGCAGAAAACUACUGAAAACCUGGCUGCUGUUUUUACCCAAAUAUCACAUGAAAACCUCAGAAUUUCAACAUCAGAAACUGACAAGCUUAUGACUCCCUGAGAUCUGCUUCUUGAAACUUCUUGGUCUCCUGAAUCUUAAGACUCAUCACUGUUCUCUGAAGAUAACUACUGAGAGAAUAAAGAGAAACCUACAAUGGGAGUAACAGUACAAAAUGUGACAGGAAACACAGCCCUGGUAAUCUGGCCCAAAAUGGCAAGCUGCGCUGACAGCUUCUACAGCAUUAUGUACAACCCCAACUGGGAUAAAACGCUGUCAGGGUACACCAGAAAACAUUUUCAAAAAGAGGAGAGAGUACCAGGUAGCCGCUCUUCAUUCGUCAUCGAGAACCUGAUUCCAUUAACAACUUAUAUUCUGUGUGUAACUUGCCAGUCAGCAAACCCAUCCAGUGACCAAUGCCGAAUUUUUAACACCCCCAAGCAAGAUCCAGCAUCCACAAGCAACAAGAAGAAAGACCUAGCAGUGGGCAUAUGGCUAACCAGUUCUGUUCUGCUUCUCAUCAUUGCUGGUAUCCUUAUUUAUGGUUGCUUGCAUAUAUGGUGGCGCAAAAGAAGAGAGGCUUUAGAGGCACAAAGCAUGCCUCUGGGAGAAAAGGAAGAGGCAUGGACAAAAAAUGAAUUGUACAGUUCAGCAGGACUUAAUAAGGAAGCCCAGCCUGGUCAGCAAAUGGAAAUUAGAAAUGCAGAUGGUGUCCAAAUGGCCACCAUAAUUGCCAAUCCUCUAGCAGCUAAGGAGCCCUCUGUGUUGACUUCCAAAUGUGAGGAUUUUGUGCCUUUGUCUAUAUGUCAAUCUGCUCCAAAAUAGCUGACCUUCCUGGGGCAAACCACUGUACAUGUUUUACUAUACGCAAACAAUAUGUAUAUUUAAGCCUACCUAACAGCUGUUUACAGAAGCACUUCUGUGUCCAAUUGCUUUCUUAAAUCCUCACAAAGAGCUAAUGCAUCACAUCUACAUAUUAUGUAACUGGAAGACUGAGUAGUCUCCUAGGUCCAAA